AUGGCUUCCCUGCAUCCUCACGACCACUUCUACUCCAACGGCAACAGCGGUUACAGUAGUCACUCCACAUCACCCGAGGCCGAGAAGAUGCUCAAGGACCCGAACGGCGGGCCCGGCCCCGAGUCCCACGCCAUCCCCGACGGCUUGGAGGUGAACACGGGCGCCGCCUACAGCACGGCGCCGCAGUCGUAUCAGCCCGCGGCCCCGGCGCCUCAGCCAUACUACAAUCAGCAUCAACAUCCGGAUCAGCAUCACCACACCCAUGCGCCCCCCCAGACGAAUUACACCGAGACCGCGUACGACAACAGUGUAACGCAUCACCACCCGUCGACGCCAGAGAAGAUGCACCCGGACGACGGCACGAUAUGUGGUCUGCGCAAAACAACGUUCUGGCUUCUCGUCCUGUCCAGUUUGCUGUUCUGCGCUCUCGUCGGCGUCGCGGGAGGACUGGGCGCAAUGCUCGCGAGCAAAAAUAGCGAGAUCGCAAGUCUUCAGUCGCCCGCCGCCGCCUCGACGAGCACGUCCGCAUCGCCGACGGCCUCGGCGUCCGCCGCCUUUGAUCUCAGCAAGCCCGCCGAGACGGACACGCCUAUCGCGCUCAACAAGUGCCCCGGCAGCGGCUCUGAGCUGACGUACGAGGUGCCCGGCACAAACCUCACCUUCAGCAAGGACUGCGGCACUGACUACCUGUACAACGACAUCGCGCAGGUGCCGGCGCGCAACUUUGAGGAGUGCGUGCGCUACUGCGCCGCCUUCAACCUGCAGCAGCAGUCGCGCAAGGGGCCCUGCAAGGGCGUCGUCUACAUCUUCAAGGGCGAGCAGGGCGAGGACGGCAACUGGUGCUGGAUGAAGUACAACAAGAACACCGCCCAGAAGGGCGCCAAGGACUACACCGAGUCGGCCUGGGUCUUGUGA